AUUGAGUUGAGAUUAGAAUAUAGUUUGAUAUAUCAAAUUUUUAAAUUACUUAUUUAUUUAGAUUAUAUUUAAUUUGUGAUCAAAGUGUCGGAGCUUAAUUUGUGUAUAUAAAUAGGGGGAAGAGUAUAUCCCAAGUAAUUAAGAGAAAGUAAUUAAGAGAAAAGCAAGAUAUGCCUUCUACCAUUCUGCUUCCCCAAUCAAAUCCUCACGCCCAUCCCGCCACCGCCGCCUCCACCGCCUCCACCGCGGCGGCGAGCAUCCUCAAGCGGACGCAACCCAAGCUGAGUAUUCCGGUACCGGCCUCGGAGGCGCCGGAUCACGUGCUGCGACACCACGCCCACGAGGUAGGCCCCAGCCAGUGCUGCUCCGCGGUGGUGCGGCGCGUCUCCGCUCGGCCGGAGGCGGUGUGGUCCCUCCUCCGCCGCUUCGACAACCCGCAGGCGUACAAGAACUUCGUCAAGAGCUGCCACGUCAUCGUCGGAGACGGAGACGUGGGUACCCUCCGGGAGGUGAGGGUGGUUUCCGGCCUCCCCGCCGCCAACAGCACCGAACGCCUCGAGAUUCUGGACGAGGAGGAGCGUGUCAUUAGCUUCGCCGUGGUCGGCGGAGACCACCGCCUCAGCAACUACCGGUCCGUCACGACCGUCCACGAUGACCAGGAGGGGACGGUGGUUGUGGAGUCGUACGUGGUAGACGUGCCGCCGGGAAACACCGUGGAAGAGACUUGCGUUUUUGUGGACACGAUCGUGAGGUGCAACCUUCAAUCUUUAGCACAACUUGCAGAGAAUUCCAAGGACAAGCAAAGUAAUUAAAAUUUGUUAAUUGUUGCAUAUAAAUUCAUCCCUCCAAAAAUUAUCACAUUCACUCUUCAAUGUUAUCUCAAGUUUGUACAAUCUUUAUAUAUAUUUGCUCCGUUCCAAAAAAAUGUUUCUGUUUCAUUUUUUAUGCAUUAUAUAAAACACUUCUACCAACAUCUAAAAUGCCUAAAAUUUAUCACAUUUUUCAAUUAUUGUGAGUAGAAAUUAUUCUAAAAGUUUCUUUUAGACAUUUUUGGCGGGAUAGAAAUAUUUUAUGUGAUGCGCCAAAAAUGAAACAAAUGUGUUUUU